GAAUAUUUGUUGAUUGACUGCGUCCACCACCAGCCAGCAGGGUUCGAACUUGCCUCACCACCACUGAGCAAGCCCGUAAAACCUCCUUGCCGAUUCAACCUAUCAUGUUCUCGCGCACUGCCCUCGCCCGGGCUUUCGCCCUCCCCGUCGAGCAAUGCGCCCACUUCUCCGUCGCCCGGGCCUGUCUUCACAGCGCAGCAACAGCCUCGACGACCACGACGACACAACCACAGGCCCCAUUGAGCGCCACUCCCCGGGUCCAAACCUCUGCGCCUUCUACAAAGCCCCCAGCCAGCGCACCCCUCGAUCCCGCCAGCCUUAAGAAGCCCGUGGCCCCGACAUUCACCAAACCACUCGAAUUGAACCAAUCCCUCCUCUCUCAGCUUCCCAACCUCACCUCUCAGCAGCCGCACUACAUCAUCUCGCACCUCCACGACAAGCCGUACCUUCUCACGCAGGGUGAUCAGAUUCGCCUGCCCUUCCUCAUGCCUAAUGUCAAGCCGGGCGACGUGCUCCGGUUCAACCGCGCGUCCGUGCUGGGCUCGCGCGAAUUCUCGCUCAAGGGCGCCCCCUAUGUCGAUGAGCGGCUGUACGAAUGUCGAGUGCGUGUCAUGGGUGUCGACUCGGAACCCCUGCGUAUCAAGGAGAAGACGAAGCGGAGACGGCGCCACGUGCAGCAGGUCCGGAGCAAGCACAAGUAUACGUUGCUGCGGGUGAUGGAUGUGAAGAUCAAGACGGCGGAGGAGUUGCUGCAGGAGGGAGCAGUGGUUGUUGAUGAGACGGCUUGAAAGGUUGGAAAGUAAUCAUGGAACUGAUAAAAGCCAAGGAGUGGACGGAGGAGAACAUGAUGCCAGGCAUAUAUUGCGGGACGUCUCGGCUGGGCAGAGCUGGCUGGUCAUGAUGACCAGGACCUGCAAUCACAGGCGAUUUUAUGUACAGAUAGGAAGUGUGUCUGUUUCAUGCACCGAGUGGUGCCUUUGUAUUGUAUCUCAUAAUUGGGUUUUCGAAUGCUCAUGUUUUUCUUUUUUUCUUUCAUGAGGACCGAGAGAAUGUGAGGCUAUUGACCAGGCUCAGGAGGUUGAAUGUCUCUCAGUUGUGACAACAAUCGACAAGCGAG